UAAAUGAAAUAAUUAGGAAUAGCAGUAAAUUCAAAAUUUUUAACAGAUAUAGUAAUCGAUUCUGCAACCCGUCAGAAUUAUAAACUAUCAAUAACUGGGAAGAUGGAAUAGUUUCAGUUCAAAUCAAUAUGGGAGGAACGCUUAGCUUAGCAAAAAUUUAUCACGACACCGAAGCGAUAGAAUUUAUUAAUAAUGCAAGUAACCGGUGCUUUGAGCUCCAUCAGAAACUGGCCGCUGCAAAUUUUGCAGCGGAUAACUGUGGCGAUUUCUGUUUUUUAUUGACAAAGCAGAAAAUGGGCAGUGUCGUUGGAAAGGAACUGGUGGCAAUUUCACGAAGAGCAACGAACUUCCAUAAGCAGAGAAUGCGUGAUAAAAACCUCAAGGAUAUUUUGCAAAAAUUGAAAAGAGUGGGAGAUUUUUACAUAUUAGAAGAUGACUUUUUUUCAGCGGUUCUAAUUAAUAUAUCUGCUGUGAAAGUGUUAGUGAAAUUUAAAAAUAUUCCACCUUAUUCGAACCGCCGCCCAGGCUCUAUUGCACAUUUGUCUUAUUAUCCGGAUAUCCAUGACAUUUUUGCUGAGAGUUCCGACCCAGAGGAACUGUCAUAUUAUUGGGUAGCAUGGAGAGAUAUCAAUAUGACAUGGAUGGCAUUGAACUUUUUUACAGUGACGGAUUCAAUUAAACAGUCUGCAAGACUCUUAGGUAUACCUACAUUGGACUUUUGGUAUCAGUCUCUGAAUAUUAUUGAUAUAUUCGUAGACAUCGAAGCGGUAAUGGAAGAACUAAGAGAAGCAUUUGUAGAAGUACAUGCAUUUAUACGAAACGAGCUUUUUCUCAAGUAUGGCGAAGGAGUUAUAAAUUUAAAUGAACCUAUACCCAUCCAUUUAAUUUAUCAAGUUCUGAUGCAAAUCUGGACGGAAAAUAGUAUAAUUGAUGAAUAUUUUCCAUAUGAAGAACUGCCAAGAUAUGACGAUUUUAUACAGAAUAAUGAUCCUUUAAGAUUAAUUAAACUAGCAGAUAUAUUCUAUCAAUCAAUAGGUUUCGAUCCCCUCGAUAAAGACUUUUAUCAGAAUCGGUUGAAGCAACUUGGUAAAACUGACGAUGAUAAAUUUUGCAAGCCCUUGACUUAUACAUCAACUCCCAAUGGAUAUAUGAAGUAUUCCAAAGUUGUGAACUUUAAGAAAUUCAUGCAUAUCCAUGAGAGCUUAGCUCGCAUACAUUACGCACGAGAAAAGAAGGAUUUACCGUUUUACUAUUUUAAUUCUUACGAUAUUGAGUUUGCAGUAGGAAAAGCAGUUUCACUCUCGGCAAGAACACCGGAACACCUAAUCGCUCUGGGAAUAGCUAAAAAAUCUGACUUUAACGAAGAAAAUGAUCUAAGUCAGUUACUUCGUAUGUGCAUUCGCACGUUCAUAUCGAUUCCAAUAUGUUAUGUGCACUUGCGGGUAAUGCAUGAAGUGCUAUGUGAAACUGUAAAGAGAACUGAAGUUAAUAAGCGUUUCUGGAAAUUAUUGUGCAGAUACGUGGGUGUGGAGCCACCACAGAGUCGACCACAAGAUGUAAUAGAUUUUUCGUAUACUUUUUACAUGGACACGGAUCAAAACCCAAUUCUAAAAAAAUUUUUGGGGGGAGUACUCGGCUAUCAGCUUUACAGUGCUUUUCAUAAGAAUAAUGGUGGCAUAGAGCAGUUGCACGAAUAUAAUUUCUCUGGAGACAAGUCUGUAGGGAAUGUGUUAAGAGAAAUGAUGGCUUUGGGUUCUUCUGAACCUUGGCCAAAUGUAGUAGGUAAAGUACUGCAGGAGAACACAUACCUCGAGGGCAGUGCAUUAUUGGAAUAUUAUGAUCCUGCGUUAAACUGGAUUAGUAAUUUAAACUCGGAUAAGAACGUAUUAAAGGGUUGGAAUUUGAGCAGUAAAAGUGUUAAAUUUGAUUUUGCAAGUAUUAGAAAUGCCUCUGUAAAUGAUUAACUUAAUGGAUUUGAAACUAUCUAAAACGAUGUGAGGAAACUCAACUAAAGAUACUCAAAACUAGUGUAUAGGAAGAAAGUAAAUGGACUGGAAAGGUGAUCGUUGUUGGAUGAAUUGUGAAAAUUAACUAAAUCUUAAACAUUACAUUUUGCUUACCAUGUAACAUAUAAGAAUUAAAUACAUAUAUUGAAAUAAAUUG